CGAAAUUUGUUUAUAUACCUAACUACUACCUAGAAAGUGACGCGCCACUUGUUUUAUUGAAAGCGUAUUGUUGUCGUGUAUAAAAAUAUAAUGUAUUUAUAUAAUUUGUAUAUAAUAGUGUUGUUGUGGUUUUAAAUCAGUAUUCUUAUUUAAGUUAAAUCUUUUUAUCGAUAGUAAUUAUUCUUGUGUAAAUUUUUCAUAAAACACUCAUUUGAGAAGUAAACUGUGUAUCAAAACUAAAAAUCAUCAAAUUUUAUUAUAAUUGUUUUAAGCAAUUUAUUAAUUUGAAUGAUUGCAGUGUUUUGUUUUAAUUUAUUUUACAAAAAAAUAGUUUAAAAAUUAAUCAAUGUAACAGCUUGAUUGAAUUAUGACCUCGUUACUUCGCUAUUGAAUUGACCUACUUUUUAUAAUGUUCAAUUCGAGAAUAACAAUACCUCGUUCUAGAAUACUCUAUAUAAUGAAGCAGCAUAAAAUGGGGUCAUGUAACUCAAGCAGUUGAUCAAGGGAACGAUGGGUGGCGUGUUGAACAAACUGUCCGGCGACGUGCAAGCCGCGGGUUCGGUUCUCGACCGCGUCAUAUCGCAGCCGCACACGGAAGAACACACUGUUCUUUACAAAUUGGCGGAUUACAAAAAAGGUGGUCUUCUGUUGGAGACGUACGCUAAAGGCGGGAUGAUGGCGGCUGAGAAACUCAUCAGGGAGGAGUUCGCGGCGUACAUGUACGCGGGCGGCGCAGGGAGGGUCAUCAACCGCGCUGAGUACUUGAGGUGGAAGUUCAGGGACCAGAAACAGGUAGUUCUGCCUAUAGAAGCGUCGCUGUCUCCCCAUGACCCACUGGCGAAGUGGCGGGACCACACCGCCUGCUGGCAGAUGUGUUACAGAGGAGCACUGGGAGAAUCCUUGCUACACGUGCUCAUUAUAUGCGACACUAAGAUCCAUACGAGACUUGCCAGGACGCUGGUAAAAUGUUUCCCGAAACUUUCUCUGGAUGUCGUCGAAGGGGAGGAAUAUUUAGGAGCAAGUUCGUUACAUUUGGCGAUAGCGUACAGCAACAAUGAACUGGUACAAGAUCUGGUGGAAGCUGGAGCAGAUGUCAGCCAGAGAGCUAUAGGCAGUUUCUUCCUGCCGCGUGACCAGCAGUGCGUUCCAAGCGCGCGUGUAACCAAUUACGAGGGUCUGGCGUACCUGGGGGAAUUACCGCUGGCGUGGGCGGCGUGCUGCGCCAACGAGGCGGUAUACAACCUGCUGUUGGACUGCGGCGCCGACCCCGACGCGCACGAUGGUUUCGGCAACAUGAUCCUGCACAUGGUCGUCGUGUGCGACAAACUGGACAUGUUCGGAUACGCGCUCCGUCACCCGCGCGUGCCGGCCAGCAACGGGCGCAUGAACCGCGCCGGGUUCACGCCGCUAACGCUGGCGUGCCAGCUGGGCCGCGCCUGCGUGUUCCGCGAGAUGCUGGAGCUGUCGGCGCGCGAAUUCUGGCGCUACUCCAACAUCACCUGCUCCGCCUACCCGCUCAACGCGCUCGACACGCUGCUGCCCGACGGGAAGACUAAUUGGAACUCCGCACUGUUUAUAAUUCUGAAUGGGACCAAACAAGAACAUCUAAACAUGUUGGAUGGAGGCAUCAUACAAAGGCUGUUAGAAGAAAAAUGGAAAACUUUCGCGAGGAAAAAGUUCCUCAAACGCCUCAUGAUUUUGAUGCUGCAUCUCAUGCUGCUCUCCGUCUCCGUAUAUCUGCGUCACAGCGGCGCGGAGGCAGCGGCGGCGCCGGGCUGGGCACUGACAGUGACAGACGCUAGAACUGGAGUACGACUCGCCUGUGAAUUGGGAACUGUGGCCAGUACGCUAGCGUAUAUCGUGCUGCAGCAGGGCGAUGAGAUCAAGAACCAGGGGCUGGUGGCCUACUUCAAGACCCUGAUUCACGAGCCUGCUCAGUUCAUAUUUCUAUCGUCGAACAUCCUGCUGCUUGCCUGCAUACCGUUCCGUCUGAUGCAGCAGACGAUGCUGGAGGAAGCUCUGCUCAUUUUCCUGCUGCCAGGUGUUUGGUUCCUACUCAUGUUUUUUGCGGGGGCGGUGCGUCUGACGGGUCCAUUCGUAACAAUGAUUUACAGUAUGAUCACUGGAGACAUGUUUACUUUCGGUAUUAUAUACUGCAUCAUUCUGUUCGGCUUCUCGCAGUCCUUCUACUUUUUGUACAAAGGGUACCCCAACGUGCAGUCAACCUUGUAUUCCAGCUACCCCAGUACGUGGAUGGCAUUAUUCCAGAUAACUUUGGGAGAUUACAGCUACUCGGAUCUGGGAAUGACCACGUACCCGAAUCUGACGAAGACAGUGUUCGCUGUGUUCAUGGUGUUCGUGCCAAUCUUACUGCUGAACAUGCUGAUCGCCAUGAUGGGCAAUACGUACGCGCACGUCAUAGAACAAUCGGAGAAGGAGUGGGUCAAACAGUGGGCGAAGAUAGUGGUCUCCCUGGAGCGGUCAGUGGGGCAGCAGGAAGCACACCGCUACUUGCAGGAGUAUUCCAUCGGGUUGGGCGCGUCGGACGACCCGCGCUACGAGCAACGCGCGGUGAUGGUUAUCAAGAGCAAGGCGAAAACACGCGCCAAGCAGAGGAAGGGCGCGCUCACUAACUGGAAGCGGGUAGGUAAAGUGACAAUAAGCGAGUUGCGUCGUCGCGGAGUAAGCGGGGAGGAGCUGCGCCGCCUCAUGUGGGGCCGCGUCUCUAUAUCCACUCCUACUAAGGCACCCAGACGCGGCGCAGCGGCGGCGCCGGCUGGGGGGGUGGUAGAGGGUGGCGGCGCGGGGGAGGGGGUGGCGCCCGCGCUCUCCUCCGCGCUCAACCUCAUGGCCUUCACCGACCUCGACCUCACCAUCACUGGAGACACGGCACAAUUAAAACAACCAACACCAGAUCUUCUAGUCAAUGGAAAAGGUCCACAGGCAUUCGCACCCGGUUUAACUCAGAAUCCAGUCGUAUCGUCACCAAACCCAGUACCAGUUCCCUCAACCUUGUCGCCAUCGAUACCACAGGUGCCUGGUGUGACGAAGACAACACUAGAGACAAGGACGGGGAUAACAGGGGCAUCUACAUUAAUACAAACAGGCCAAAAACCUGCUCAAAUGGGGCAAAUGCAAGGACAAAUUCAGGGACAAAUUGCUCAAGCACAGGUGCCAACGGGGCUUGCACAAACCCCAUCUGGACAUUUCCAGGUGGGACCUAGCAAGACGGGAGUCGAAGCAAAACCACUAAAUGCAAUAAAUAUGCCUAGACAGAAAACUGUGACAGCGGCAUCGAAGACUACAGUAGCAACAGGAGAUGGGUCGCUGACACCUAGUCUCUCAUCAGCGGGGCCAGCACCAAAUCCGCCUGUACCGGAGGAGGUAUACCAAGACUAUUUGUUCGAGUUGAUAUCCGUCGCGGAGACCGCGGGCGCCGAUGACACUCGUGUGAGACAACUGGCGACACUCGCGGCUGACCUGGGACAUGUGCCCGUCAUAGACCUCAGCAUCAGCACGGCGGCUAAGUCAGCACGCAAGGUAGUAGCAGGCGCGGUGUCGGGCCUAUUCGGCGUCGCGGCCGACGCGCCCUCCGCCGACGCCGGGUGGCGCCGACAGCGGCACGAGCACAGCGACAGCGACCCCGCGCCCGGUGAGUACCUCCCUCAUAGCACGCGAGGUGGGAGCGGGCGCGGGGUCGGGGCUGCUCGGGUGGCGCCGACAGCGGCACGAGCACAGCGACAGCGACCCCGCGCCCGGUGAGUACCUCCCUCAUAGCACGCGAGGUGGGAGCGGGCGCGGGGUCGGGGCUGCUCGGGUGGCGCCGACAGCGGCACGAGCACAGCGACAGCGACCCCGCGCCCGGUGAGUACCUCCCUCAUAGCACGCGAGGUGGGAGCGGGCGCGGGGUCGGGGCUGCUCGGGUGGCGCCGACAGCGGCACGAGCACAGCGACAGCGACCCCGCGCCCGGUGAGUACCUCCCUCAUAGCACGCGAGGUGGGAGCGGGCGCGGGGUCGGGGCUGCUCGGGUGGCGCCGACAGCGGCACGAGCACAGCGACAGCGACCCCGCGCCCGGUGAGUACCUCCUUCAUACUUUAUCAUCAGCCUAUAAAUGUACUGCUGUUGCACGUGUCUUCACAUAGGAAGAGGGUAGUUUAUGUCUUACAAGCCAGGUCAUAAUAAAUAAAUAAAUAUUUUCAGCACUCACAUCAAUUAGGAUAGUCCCAAAGUAAGCACUGUAGGCUUGUGUUAUGGGAUAUUAGGGUAACGGAUAGAAUGCUUAUACUGAUAAUUAUAUAUAAGUAUAUUUAUAUAGAAAUACAUAUUAAACAUCCAUGACUGGAGUUCAAAUGAUCGUAUUCAUCACACAAACAUCUACCCCCACCGGGAUUCGAACUCGGGCGGGACCUCUCGAGUUGGUGACACCUUGAAAUCCGGCCACGGGGGUCUUCAAACUAUAUGCAUAUCAAAUUUCAUCCGAAUCUGUUUCGUAGUUUUUGUGUGAUUGAAGGAACAUAGAAACUUUGAUAUUUAUAAUCAACGAUACUAAAUACCCUAGAUACACCAACACGAACAAAAUCGUGCCCGAAACCUGUCCAAAAGGUACAUUGAACGAUCCACGGAGCUCCGUAAGAUGAUCACGUAGUCAAAAUCAAUAAAGGCAUUAUUUAAAUAUUGAAAGUAACCUUUAAUACGUACUGUAUAAGGUCUCAAGGACUUCUGACAGUUCGAAAUGCAAGCUCGUCGUAUUUACGGCUUAUUGCUAUAUGUGGAAUUAUUUGGACCUUAGUUCUUUGACUCUACGCGCAAUUCUGAACGCGCUGUUAGCAAUAUAGCAGGCACGGACCGCGAGGAAAAGAGACGGCUAUAUGGCGACGUAUAACCGACCAUGCAUUUGAAUAGGUAUCACAAAUAUUUUAUAUUAAAUCAGUUUAUACAUAGUAAGUAUUAGAUCAAAUUUUGUUUCAAAUGCGUUAAAUUAACGAGCAUUGACCAUGAUGAUGAUGAGAUACAUGUUCUGACGAUGCAGACCUGAAAAGGCUGCGAAACGUCAAUAAAUAAAUAAAGUUUCGUGCAUUAACCCGUAAAAACUAGUUUUAUUUAAUGAGUGAUGUGCGUGAAAACCUAAGAAACAAAUAUGAGAUACAUGUCGAAAAAACGACACUUUUCGUACUCUAAGUACUAUUUUCGCGGAGCUCUGUGGCAUCUUGACUUUGUAACGGUCCGCGCGUGACUGUGAAGCACUUCUUGAUUGGGACACAUUUUGAGCGUUCGUGGUGUAUCUAGGGUAUUUAAUAUCGUUGUUUAUAAUGAAUGUUAUAAGUAGGAUGGUUUGCCCAGAAUCGGUCCUGCUGGGGCGCGCGUCCCGCAGCCGGCGCGCGCGCUCCGCCGCCCGUCGCGCCGCGCCGCCCCCGCCACACCUCUACGUGCCCGCCAGGUCUACUACUCAUUCCUUUAUCUAUACAAGUCGCCACCCGUACUUUAUUAUAAAAUACUGUACGUUAUUUCGGGGAAUUGUACUCUAUACUUUAUGCCAACAAUAAAGUACGCGAAAAUACUUUAUUUAAUGUGAUUUGAUAACCUACUUGGGGAUUAAUUUUACAUAAAACAUACAAAAAGAGGAUAAGAAGAAUUUUUGCGUAAAACGGAACAACAGUAUGUAUAAGUCACCCUUAGCUCAUUCCUGCAACAUUGUAGCGGCUAUAUGGAUUUGUGCAAUGGCCUUUCCCAUUGCGGAUAAGAACUAGAGAUUUUUAGUAGCCACAAAUUAUUCAUUAAAAGUUGCUAUACGCAACGUAAAAUAUAUUUUUAAGCUUACUAAUAAAGUGGAAUAAAAAGUAGGUACUUUAUUUUGGACACAAUGUACUUUUUUUCUACCUUUAAUCUCCAAUGUACUUUAUUUGGACAUAGACAAGGUGGCAACCCUAGUCGCGGCACGCAACUUUAGCGCUGAACAAAACGCCAGUGUUACCAACCCUUACCAAACUUUUCCCCUAAAUCUUUUUUAAAUUCCCCUAAAAUCCCCUAAAUAUACAUUUUUUAAAUACCUACUUAUUACCCAAAUACUUUCGUUGCUCAUAAAUAAAAACGUUACAUAUUUAGUUACAGUAAAUUAUUUUAUUGAAUAAAUACAGUUUCCAAAAGCACAAUCAAACGAAAAUGAGCUAACAGGCUGUUAAAUCUUAUUUACCUGUUUUUGUAACUUUAGUCCAUACAGCCUUAGAAAACAACCCGCCACACAGUCAGAUCAGUCGUUUCAUAUCGAGGUGCGUUCCAUUCUACGCACAAAACUGAAAGAAAACACGCUUAAAAGAACCCCCAAAAAAUUCCAGCCCCUAAAAAAAGUCCGUUUUAACACUUCUAGCCCCUAAAUCUGGGGGCAAAACCCCUAAGUUGGUAACCGUGCAAAACGCAUCCGGGAUAGCUGCGCAUGGGUACGACUGGAGAGACAAUCGGCGCAGGGCAUGACCACCCGCGCACCUCGUUUCCCCUCAAGACAUCAUAAUUUUUACUUCUGCGCAAUAACGGUCAGCGCUAGAGUUUCAUGCCGCGACUUAUGCUUAUAGUCUCUUUUUAAGUACACAGGCUAUACUCUCGAAAUAGAAAUUUUGUACUAAACUUUCAAAGAACGCUGAUAAAGUUGUCUGUUUCGUUUCUUAUUUUAAAACUCUAACUUCUAUCAUCAUCAUCAACCGAUGGACUUCCACUCCUUUCCAGGGAAAUACCUUGAGGAAGCCUAUGUUCUUGAAAAGCACCUUGAGACCCCAACAUCCAUCGGUUUAUCAUUAUCUUUCAUUAUUAUCACGUUAAUAAUAAAUAAGCCUUCUAAGGUCGCGUAUUCAUCAGGCAACAUUUGUGUAUAAAUAGUGUUUCACGAUGUUGCAUAAUCUCUGUAUACAGUUUAUAAACAUAAGAUAAAACAUAGUUUCAGAUACAUGUUGCCGUGUUCCCCACUUGGAAUGAAGAUCAAGACUAAGUCUAUAAACAAAAGUUGACAGGUGUAGACAUGU